AUGCAGAGUGUCAUGGAAUCACUGGAAACCAAAUGUGAUCACGAUGUUAUAGAAUACUUCCACAAAUUGCCUAAUAAUUCAAGUGUGUACACUUUUCGGGUGUUAAAAACAGCGCCAAUUUUUUUUAUCGAUAUAAAUAUGCGCUCCAUAAGGUCUCAGCAAAUAAUGUACAAGCUCAAUCAUUUUGAUGGCUGUUCGUUUCUCAAAAAUCCGUUAAUAAGCAAGGUAAUGGCUUACCCCUUAAAAGUUAUGAUUGUGAAUAACACCAUCAGCGUCUGUCCCAUUGUGGCCAAGGUUUAUUACCUACAGAAUAUGAAUUCGCGUACAAUUGCACCCUUUCAUCCCGCUGGCCGCUACCAAAUUACCGUCCGUAUUUCAGUGCCAAGGAAACAUGUACCUAUUAUGGAGAUCAUCAUGAGAUAUAACGUAUCAUAUCUAAAAUGA